GUUCAGUUCGAAGGUCUGAAUAUGAUGAAAUUGACUGUAUGUCAUAAACAGGUCUUGCUGUCUACUGCAUCGUGGACAAGCGAUAGGGCUCCGAGUGAUGGGGUGAUAAGUUAAGUCCAGUCUUUCGGCUUGUAAACUAGGGAGCACAGCCACUCACGCAUCGCAUCUGAAUCCGAGUUACUUGAUCAACAUUGCUGCGUCAUUGCGCAUGAGUCCAUCACAGCCAUUUUCUUGCCUGCAACUCGAAUGUGAAACACAACACACGAUUCACAAUUGCUGUUUGGCGAUAUUGUUGGUACUGCGUCUAGAGCGACAGAUUCAGUGAAUGUACCCUUGGCCACAAGACUUCCUAUCAUACAAGCCUUGAGCCUGUCAUGGCGCCGCAAGUCGAGAUAUCAAUACCCAACACGACGGUUUCGGGAACGUCCAAGCCUUACACGAUUUACAACAUCACAUUACGCCUUCCUCUUCGAUCCUUCACCGUCCAGAAGCGCUACUCUGACUUUGUCGCUCUGCAUAGUGGUCUGACUGAUCAGGCCGGCUCUCCUCCACCAGCCUCACUCCCAGCGAAAUCGUGGUUCUCCAAGACCGUCUCAAAUCCACAACUAACCGAAGAACGACGGCAAGCCUUGGAAACAUAUCUUAAGACGAUCAACGAAAUCGAUGACUCACGAUGGAGGACUACAAGCGUGUGGAGGACGUUUCUCAACCUUCCCACUUCUUUUGCAAGCCAAACAUCAAGCAAAGCUGGCGCUCUGCACUCGGUUAUCACAGGUCCGGCAGGAGGCGGCGCGCCCAUUACAGACCCCGUGGUAUGGUUGGAUUGCCACAGAGACAUGAAAGCGCAGCUUCAGGAUGCCCGCCUAAGUCUCACAAAUCGUGAUCAGGCUUCAACACCUCAGAAACAGCAUGAGGCUAGCGCUACUGCCAAGAGCAGUCUUGUAAAGGCAGGCUCGAUGAUCAAGGCGCUGGAAGAAGGGCUCACGAACAUCCAAAAAGCUUCUGACGAAGCUUGGGGAGGUCAGAAGUUGGGAGAAGGCGAGAUCAGAAGAAGGAAAGAUCUGAUCGCAACGGCGAAGAAGGACAGGGAUGGUCUUGAAAAUCUCCUGAAUGCCAUGGCCACGAAGUCCAAGCUCGAUACUGCUGUCGCAUCCAUACAGGACACGCAGCAAUUGAUGGGGAGCAAACCCAAAACUAGUGGCAGAGUUCUAGGGAAAGAGACGGCCGAGACGAGAGAGCUGGACAAUCAAGGCGUACUGCAACUGCAGCAGCAAAAGAUGGCCGAUCAAGAUCUGGACGUGGAAGAGCUGCGGAAGAUUGUGAUGAGGCAGAAGGAAUUGGGGAUCGCCAUCAAUCAAGAGCUUGAGGUGCAGAACGACAUGCUCAGAAUGGUCGACGAAGAUGUCGAUCGUGUACAGGGCAAGAUCAACAUCGCAAAACGAAGGAUUGGCAAAAUCUCAUGAGGAGAAACAUGCGACCAGUAUCAUUCAAAGCAUCAAAUGGGUAUCACUCGCCCUUUCC